CAAAAUUAUUGCCUAAAAAUGAUAUUUUUACGUUAAUUUUCUCUUGCAUAAGUAGAUACAGCUGUAACAAAUGGAUAAAAUAUAGAUCACUGUGAUAUAUACGAGUUCGAGGCGCGAGAGUAUCCUGCGGGUUGUCAUUAUAGUUUGCCAACUCAAUUAUAUCACGUACAACAUAAUUAUGUCAACGCUUGAAUUAGUUACAUACACAUAUAACAUAUAUUUUCAUUAUAUUUCAGCACUGACAGUAAGAUUUUUGACGAGAAGAUACAUCGGGGAAUACGAUCAUCAAUCAGAAACUAGAUACAAGCAUGAGGUACUAGUCGAUGGCGAACCUAUUCUUUUUGAGAUUUUAGAUACAUGCCCAAAGAGUGAGGAUGAAUUGCCAUCAAUGGAAACUUUGCAAUGGGCCGACGGUUUGCUGCUGGUUUAUUCGAUAACAGAUAGAAACUCUUUUAAUUUUGUUAGAAAGGCAAAAGAAGCUCUAGCGGUGGCUGAUCCUGAAGCUGCAAUGCCUCUUGCUCUUGUUGGAAAUAAGGCUGACAUGGUUCAUUUACGACAAGUCAGUGGUGAAGAAGGAGAAAUAUUAGCGAAGGAUUUUGAAUGUUGGUUUAGUGAAAUAACUGCUGCUGAGCAGGUUGCUCAAGUCGCGGAAUCUUUUCACGAAUUAUGCAGAGAAGUUCUCGCAGCUAGAAGAAGAAAUAAACAAUCUUUGCUGGACAGAAUGCUUGGUAGUAAAGCAACGCGUGCUUAUUCGCGAGGAAAAAGUGACUCUGCUCUACCGAAAGAAUAAGAUCGUUGUUCCAAAUAUUUGCAUAUUGCAAAUAUAAGGAAAUGAAUGUCCUAUGACGAAAGAUCAAUACAACUGUGUUUUUAAAAAAUUGAAAAGUAUGAAAAACAGGACAAUUCAAAAUUAUAAUUUUGUUAUAUAAUGAAUAAAAAAGAUAAAACUACAAAUGCCAAAGAAAAUAUCAUAGUUUCGAAUUUGUACAGUAAUAAGAUUUAUAUGUGUAUUGAGUAACGUUUAGAAUGUACAAAUCUUUAUAAAUAAUAUUUUUACAAUAGAAAAAAUAUCUAAAGCUCAACUAAAAUUAAAAUUACUGAAAUGUGCUGAAGAAAUCUAGAAGUUAAAAAAAGUUUAGAAAAAGUUUAAAAAAAGCAUAAUACACAAAACAGUCAACAGUUUCUAAUUUUUAUAAUUCUUAUAUUAUACAAAAUAGUAAUAUAUUUUGUAAUUUUUUUAUCGCAUUAGCAAAUGAAACAAGUAUUGCAUCUAAAGAAAGGCUGAUUGUGUGUGACCAAUAUAAAUAGUAUAUAAAUUUAUUAUAUAAAUGUUGAGAUUCUUAUAAUAUUCUAUAUUUAUUUUGUACUUAUAAUAAGAGAUAUCAUGUGACAAUAAAAAUGUUUUACUUAUUU